GCCAGAAAUUAUCUGAGAUCAAUCAUUAGUGCAACGCCGCGCUUUAUCUCCUCUCUUCUCCAACUCUCCUCUCACUCACUUUCUCACUCUCCAUGGGCUCACAUUCUACCCUCUCUCUCUGUUCUCAUCCAACGGUGAAUUUUGAGUUUAAUCUUAGAAAAGUUGGCUGCGGAAGGCAGCAAUCAUUGAACAGUUCAUCGAGUUAUUGUUUGCUUCAUAUUUCGCCGGUUUAUAUCAGUAGAAGAAGAAAUUGCUUGCAAUUGAGACAUGUAGUCGUUCGAGCUGCUUCUUCUAGGGCGAAUUCUCGGAGAGUUUAUAAGGAAUCACAAGCGCAAACACCGGCAAUAAAUGUUGAACAAAUUACUUCGUUUGUUGUGCCCGCUGGUGCUUUUGUGGUUAUCUCUUUUGUUUUGUGGAAGUUGGUGGAGAAAGUUCUUCUACCCAAACCAGCCAAGACUACAUCAGAAGAAAGCAAAUCUACUCAGGGAUUGAAGUGGUCCAUUGGCGCUGGGACAAACUUGUUGCCUGGUUUUGGUGCAAAGAUUGAAAGAGAAUCCAAGCUGAGGCUUAAUGACUUUGCUAAAGAGCUUAGAUCUUUCAGCAUUGUUGACAUGUCAGGUCGUAACUUUGGAGAUGAGGGGCUCUUUUUCCUAGCAGAGAGUUUAGCAUAUAAUCAGACGGCCGAGGAAGUAAAUUUUGCUGCUAAUGGAAUAACUGCAGAUGGAUUGAAGGCCUUUGAUGGCAUCUUGCAGAAAAAUAUUGCUCUAAAGACUCUUAACCUAUCUGGAAAUGCUAUUGGGGAUGAAGGAGCCAAGUGUCUAUGUGAUAUACUGGCAAAUAACUCUGGUAUUCAGAAGCUCCAGCUGAACAGUACUGGCUUAGGAGAUGAGGGAGCCAAAGCCAUUGGUGAAAUGCUGAAAUCAAAUUCAACCUUGCGUGUUCUUGAACUAAACAAUAAUCUGAUUGACUAUUCUGGACUUUCUGGUCUUGCUGGAUCACUUUUUGAGAAUAAAACUUUACAAUCCUUACAUCUCAACGGCAACUAUGGUGGUGCUUUAGGGGCUGCAGCAUUGGCUAAAGGCCUGGAGAGCAACAAGUCCUUGAGGGAACUUUAUUUGCAGGGGAACUCUAUUGGCGAUGAAGGGGUACGGGCAUUAAUUUCUGGCAUAUCUUUGCGUAAAGGGAAACUUGUCGUACUUGACCUUGCCAACAAUUCAAUUACUGCUAGAGGUGCAUUUCAUGUUGCAGAAUACAUCAAAAAAAGCAAAAGCUUGCUGUGGUUGAAUCUCUAUAUGAAUGACAUUAAAGAUGAGGGAGCUGAAAAGAUUGCAGAAGCUUUAAAAGAGAACCGCUCAAUAACUAACGUCGAUCUUGGUGGAAAUGACAUACAUGCUAAGGGUAUCAGUGCCAUAGCACAAGUGCUGAAAGAUAAUUCUGUCAUUACCUCAUUAGAACUUGGUUACAACCCCAUUGGACCAGAGGGGGCAAUGGCAUUAACAGAUGUACUCAAGUUUCAUGGAAAUGUAAAAGAUCUAAUGCUUGGUUGGUGUCAGAUCGGACCCAAAGGUGCGGAAUAUUUUGCCGAUAUGUUGAAGUACAAUGGUACCAUAUCAACUCUAGACUUGCGAGCCAAUGGACUUAGAGACGAGGGUGCAAUAUGCAUUGCUCGGAGUUUAAAGGUGGUCAAUGAAGCUUUGACGACACUCAAUUUAGGGUUCAACGAAAUUAGAGAUGAAGGAGCUUUCUCAAUCGCUCAAGCACUCAAGGCAAAUGAAGAUGUAAGACUCACAUCUUUAAAUCUUGCCAGCAAUUUCCUCACCAAAUUAGGACAGACAGCGCUCACAGAUGCAAUGGACCAUGUGUUUGAGAUGACUGAGAAGGAGCUUGCUGUUAUGUUUUAAAAUACUACUAGUCCUUUUAUCAGAUAUAUUUUCUUCCUACUUUCUAUUCUUGAGGUUGGGGCGAGGCUGCAUAGAGGAGGAUUUUGUUUCUUUCUUUUUCUUUUUUCCUUUUUGGGAAUAGAAUCACAGCCCACCAUGAUAUUCUUUCCACUUAAUGUGGAUUAAGAGUUCCACCUUAGUUCCCUUUUGUGACUGAAUUAUUUUGAGUGGGGAAUGGUGGAAAUUUUGAUAUCGAGUUAUAUAUGCUGAUAUUAUCAAGAGUUACUCAUUUUCUGAAUCUUUUUUUAGCUUGAUAACCUAAGAGGCAUGUAUAGAUGAUACUUCUAUUGAGCACUUCAGGUUCAUUCUCUGGUU